CCUUGCACCAGGCGCCCAUCUUCGCCCCUCCCCUCCCGAGCGCAUCCCCGCUCUGCCCUUCGCUGUAGAAUGGAGUCCACCCCUACGAAGCCAAUGAUACGGCAGCAGCGUGCACUCGUAGCGUGUACGAACUGCAGACAGCGCAAGAUUAAGUGCGAACCGUCAAAUACGCAGAGUGGUGCGGCCUGUAAGCGGUGCCAAAAGCACGGCUACACCUGCGAGUACAAGGCCGUUGCUGAGGACCAAGGUCAAGACGACUAUCCGCGUCGUUCGCACCAUUCCUACUCCCCCGAGGAGCGCACGAGCCCGCACUCUCACCUCUCGUCCAUGUCGAGUUACUCGUCAUACAGCUCGGCUCCAUUUCUGAGCGCGCCACCCUACACGCAGCAGUCCUCCACUGUCCCCUACCCAGGCCAACACUACGCCAUGACGCGCACUGGCAGUGACCAUUCUGUCGGUCCACAGAGCGCCUACGAUGACUUCGCGGGCGCCUAUACAAACGAGACUCCGUACUCGCCGUGCUUCCCCCUCGGCCUGUCCGGCGGUGCUACCACGGCCUUCGAGGACCUUCGUAGCACUGGCAGAAGAACAUCGAGUCUCUCGACAUCGCACGAGUCGUAUUUCUUAGCGCGCGACAACCCCGUACCUUGGGGGGAUCGUCCCAUGCACCACGCGCAUCAUGGCGAGGAGUUUCCACCUGCAACUUCGCCGAUGGACUACUUCGCAAGCGUUCCUUCAUACCCUACUUUGCCUGGUCCACGGAGUGCGCCUGUUGCUGCCCACCUCUCGGGCUACCCCUGCCACUGCCCCACGUGCAUGGCUUCUUCAAUUGACGCAUCGGCCGCCGCUGACAUCGGACGGGGUCCUGACGUCCUCGAGAACCGCGAAGUGACCGGCGCCCACAGUCGAUCCAGUCGCUCGGCUUCUCAGCUUGCAUACUUUUGACUCAGUUUCUAGGACGUAUGCAUUUCCCAUGUCCCAAGGAGAUCAAUAUGAUAUCUUUCGCGCCAGUACUUACAUAUCUUAGUUGCUCUCAUAGCUCGUAGUUUACGAUGGAUGGAAUCAAAGUCAUUUACAUGCAUCUAGU